UUAUACUCUUUGUUUGAACCGGUAUUGAUGGAUUGUUUACGCAUUUCUCUUGAAUCAUAUGUGACAGCUUAAAGCCAUUUUACAACCAGUUAAUACAAAUUUGCCUUUUUUAUUCUUAUUAAAUAAUCAUUACUAAUUAGUAAUUACUUAGUAUAACAUUGUUAUCUUUAAUUUAUUACAACUGUGCUUUUCACCCAGAUAAAUCCUCAACACCAUCAUAGGUAGCUAUAACGAUGCUUCUGUUUUCCAUGAGACCCAAUUUGUUAUGAACUUGUGAUUAUUUGAAUUUGUCUUCUAUUGGCAAAACUAUACAAAUUGACAUCAUUAUUAAUCAAAUCAUCAUCUAGUUUAGUAUAUUUAAUUUUAUCAGUCAUUUGCUGUUAAUUGUACAUUUGUGCUCAUCCAAAGGUUUCUCAAAAUCCAACAAUACGGAUAGUCCAGCUGAUCACAUUCAAUCCGUUUCUUGCCCUUUGGCUAACCUGCUAACUAUUGAUUGUUGAUUAGUCAAGUGUCAUUUGGUUAAUUAACCACUGAUUUUUCAAUUUAUCCCUACAAUUUUCACUAAACAGUCACAGUCCACUAGUCAUUCAAUUAAAUGGAAGGUAUUUUCACUCGUGGCAUCCACACCUUAGCAGUGAGUAACAAGCUUCACCAAUUAAACCGAUCUCGGCUUGUCGAAAAACUAAGACAAGUAACCUCAUCGAAAGAAAAGUCAGUUGUUAUCCUUCAAGGCGGAAAAUACGAAACUCGUCAUUGUACUGAUCAUGAACCCAUUUUUCGACAAGAAUCUUAUUUCCACUGGACUUUUGGCGUUGAAGAACCUGAUUAUUAUGGAGCAAUAGAGGUUGAUUCAGGGAAAAGUCAUUUAUUUGCACCGAGAUUACCGGAAAGUUACGCUGUGUGGAUGGGUAAAUUGAAAACACCUGAAGACCUGAAAGCUAGAUAUGGUGUUGAUCAGGUUCAUUAUGUUGAUACAAUUAAACAAGUUUUGGCCAAUUUGAAACCUGAUUGUUUGUUAAUAUUACAUGGAACCAACAGUGAUUCAGGAAAAACAUGCACAAAAACAUCAUUUGAUGGUCUUAAUGAGUUCAAUAUAAAUGAUAAGAUUCUUCAUCCAAUUAUAUCAGAAUGUAGAGUUUUUAAAACACCUUUGGAACUAGAAGUAAUGCGAUAUGCUAAUAAAAUAAGCUCCGAAGCUCAUAAAGAUGUUAUGAAAAAAGUUCGCUCAGGAAUGAAAGAAUAUCAACUUGAAAGUUUAUUUCGACAUUAUUGUCAUUACAAUGGUGGAGCUCGACUCCUUUCAUAUACUUGUAUCUGUGGAUCUGGAAUAAACAGUUCGGUUCUUCAUUAUGGUCAUGCUGGAGCUCCAAACGAUAGAACCUUAAAAAAUGGCGAAUUGUGUCUCAAUGACAUGGGCUGUGAAUAUUAUUGCUAUGGAGCCGAUAUAACAUGUACUUUUCCCAUUUCUGGUGUUUUUACGGAGAACCAAAAAAUCAUUUACAAUGCUGUUCUAGCAUCAAGUCGAUCUGUGAUGGAUAAUGUUAAGCCCGGUGUUAGUUGGGUUGAUAUGCAUUUGUUGGCUGAUCGUGUGCAUCUUGAACAUUUACUUAAAGCUGGGUUGGUCAAGGGAAAUAUCGAUGAAAUGAUGGAGCAACGGUUAGGAGCUGUUUUCAUGCCUCAUGGAUUGGGUCAUUUCUUGGGAAUCGAUACCCACGAUGUUGGUGGUUACUUGGAACAUACACCAGAAAGAAGAUCGGAAGAAGGGUUGAAAUCCUUACGGACUGCUCGCAAAUUAGAGGCUGGAAUGGUUCUCACAAUUGAACCUGGAAUCUAUUUUAUUGGUGUUCUGCUUGACAAGGCUUUGUCUGAUCCGAUUAAAUCCAAAUUUUUAAAUGCUGAUAAGAUUGAUCAAUUCAGAAAUUUUGGUGGAGUUCGAAUAGAGGAUAAUAUAGUUGUCACUGAAACUGGAAUGGAGCUGUUAACAAAUGUUCCCAGAACAAUUGAAGAUAUUGAAGCUUUAAUGGCAGAAGGAAAAAAUUUAGAUAUCAAAUUUCCUCAACAAAAGAUAUCUGUUAACAGUAAUUAAGGCUGAAGUCUUAUGAUCAAUUCUAAUUAUAAAAGUUGUUUUGUAAGUUUCCAAUGAAGAACUCAAUCAUUUUAUAGUUUUUAGCAGAAGAUGUUUUAAUUUGACUUGAUAGCGAUGUUUUAUACUUAAUCUAUUUCAUUUUCAAUUUACUCAUCUGAUGUUAAUAAAGUAAAUUGAAAU